AUGGAUGACAUAUUCACAAACCCUUUUAGUGAUAUGUAUGGUUUCACUGUAAGCUCAGGAGGAUCAGGAAAUCCAGAAAAUGAUGAUUCUACAUCAAACAAUACCAACACAAAUCAAAUCAAAGAGAAAAGGAAGGAAGCAUGGGAAUCAGAAAGCGCGUUUGGAACUUUUAAUCGUCCUCCAAAGUUAAUGGCUAUUGAAGAUUAUACAAGAUGGGCAAUAAAAUUUGAAGAAUGGCUGAUGGCGUUUGCUUUCCCCAGCUGGAAAAGCAUGAAAAAUGGGUAUGCUGCGGGUAAAAACAAUGGUGAAGUAUUGAGAAGUAAUGAAGAGAUUGAUCUAUUCGUUGCUGAACAGAAAUGUGUAGCACUACUAUUUCAAUCUGUCAGGGAAGAUAUUAUUUCACUAAUCAGCUACACCAACGCCAAAGAUUUGUGGGAUAAACUGGGAAAGAAAUGUCUGGGAAGUAAAGAAAUCUUAAAGAACAAAACUAAACUACUAAAAAAGGAGUUUGAUAUGUUCAGUUGUUUCAAAAAUGAGUCAGUCUGCAAGAUGAUCGAACGUUUUGGUCAUCUUAAAUUGGAACUUGCACGUCAUGAUAUCAAAUAUCCUGAUGAGGAGAUAGUUGAUAAACUGUUCGAUUCUUUACCAGAUGAAAUGGACUGGAGGUACUAUGCUUUGAUGUUGAAAAACACCAUUCCGCCAGAAGAACUAAAACCAGAUGUAGUGAUUGAACGACUGGAAAGCCAUGAGCUAGAAUUGAAGAAAACGUACAAAGUCAAUCAUUCAUAUCAACAAAAUCCAGAACUAUACUAUCCCAAAAGUUUGAUGCCCAAAGCCUCAUCACCGAAAACUGCAUUUUCUGCCGAAAACAUAUCUCCAGCUCCUAAAGAAAAUCAAAGCAACUCAAACAAAGAAAGUCACAGUGGAUAUCAUAGUGGGUCUACUUCUAUUUCUACUGCCUCGACAAAUCGUUCUGAUUCAAAGUUCUCAUGUAAUAUUGCUGUUGAUCUGAAGAAUGCACAAAACUUUGAUGAAGAAUCUGUGAAGCAACAGAUGGUGUUUCUAGCAUCUGUGCUAGAAUCAUAUGAGGGGCUGAUUGCUGGAAAAAUUGGGAAUACUAAUCUGACAAAAGAAGACUAUGAUCAGAUAGAUCCCGAAGAGAUGGAGUUAAUUGAUAUCCAAUGGGCAAUGGCGAGUGCAGUGCGACGUGCACAACGCUUUAUGGAGAUAACGGGAAGAAAAACAAUCGGUGGUCCUUCAACAAAGCUGGGAUUUGAUAAAUCAAAGGAUGACUACUACAAGAAAGCUAUCUAUCAUCAGAAUAAGUCCGAACCGCCAAGAAUAAAGCAAUCUGAAGACAACAAAGGAAAAUCUAGAGCUUUGGCAGUGAUUUACGAUGAUGAAGGAUAUGAUUGGAGUAAGGAAGUAUUACCUGAAGAUGAUGCUAUUGGUUAUGCUUUUAUGGCGAGUCAUAAUGAACCAAUUCAAUGGAAGGAUAAUCGUACAGAACAACAAAAGUACGAAUAUCGAAAAAUGGUUGCUGAAGCAAAGAUCAUCCGACUCUCAGGUGUUUAUGAGGAAGCAAAACGUGCAAACCGAUGGGAUCCAGAUAGAGAGUGUUAUUUGGAUGAAUAUGGUAACAUUGCUGUCGACUACAAGAAGAUAGACAUUGAAGCCAUUAUCCAAGAAUACAAAGAAGAGGAUGAGUACUGGCAACACAAAUGGUGGGGUACACCAACAUCGAAAAUGAUCGAGGAGGAAAGAGAGAAAGAAAGAAGAGAAAAGGAGAAGAUAGAAGAACCUGUGAAAAUUGACACCGGGAUGAUCAACACUGCACAGGAGAUGACAGCUGAAAACUUGAGAGAAAUGGCUGAUAAAGUGCUUGCUGUCAAAGCACUUGAGGUAGAUUCUACUCCUAAUUCUGAGUCAAAGAAACAGGUCAGUCAAACUAAGUCAUCAACUGUGUCAGGUAACAAAAACAAUUGCAAUGCUGAUUGCAAAAGUUGUAAUAAACAAUGCAACUUUUGUACAACAGUCACAUACCUCAAUGGGGAGAAAAUCAAGAAUCUGACAAAUAAUGUUAGAAAACUUGAAAGUCAAAUUCUUGAUUGUGACAAAGAGUCAAAAGAAUCAGCUGAACAAAUAAAAGAAUUAAAAACUGAAAACCUGAAAAUUAAAGCUGAUCAUGACAAAAUUCUUCUUGAAAGCAGAAAUGUUGUUGAAAAAUUUGAAAAAUUGAAAAAUGUCGUUAAAGAGAGUGAUGAUAGAAAUGGAAAAACAAGUAAGGAAAACGAGCAUUUAAGAGCUGUUUUGAUAAUAAAAGAGGAAACAAUCAACAAACAACUGGAUGAGAUAGCAAAAUUAAAACUGAAGGUUCAAGAAAUGGUUGAUGGAAUUGUUAGCGUUGAUGCAGAAACCACUGUGGAUGAUGAUGAUAAACAAUCUGCAAUGGGACGAGGAAAAGACACUAACAAAGGACACAAUGUUCCAAGUGCAAUUGAUGAGGUCUCUACAAAAGGAACAGAAGCAGAAAAAAUGGCUGAGUGCUUAAGAAAAAGCAGAAUUGCUAAGGCAUUGUCUGAUACAACAAUAGUUUAUGAAUCUCAUGUUAGAAGAUUCUGGGACACUGCAAGGUUUGAAGAAAAGGAUAAUAAAAUUCAUGCAGUAGUCAAGAAGAAAGAUGAAAACAACAAGGAUAUUGAUGUUGAAGUACUGUUUGGAGUAGAGGACAUAAGAAGGGUUCUUGAUUUACAAGAUUCUGACAAUGAUCCAACGAUCAUGUCAGAACGUCUUGCUAAAGGGCUAUGGUGUAGAUUAGGAUUUUCUUCACACAUCAACGGAAAAAUGUUCAAAAGGAGUUUCUCGAAACAAUACAGAUACUUAAUGCAUUGCUUAGUGCAUUCCCUAUCUCACAGAAAGGGAGCCUAUGAUGAGGUGUCUGACUACAUAAUGAACAUUGUUGUAAAAAAUUGCUUAGCCGGGAAAGACAAAUACAUUAUGUACCCAAGAUUCAUUAUGAUGAUCUUGGAUGACAAAGUUAAGGAUUUGCCAAAGAAUAAUGAUGAUAUUAUGGCAAUGGCUGAAGUGAAUAAGACUGCUAUUCUGAGAAUCACAAAGGAGAAGGAUGCUAAAACAAAAGAGUUGAUCUGUGCAUUAAAGGAUGAAUCAUACGUAGCUCCUGAAAAUGAUAAAUGGAGACAUGAUAAUAGUGAUUCAGACAAUGAAGACAAUAAGAUGAGUGAAAUGAUUGAAAAGAAAACCAGAUGGUGGUGUAUCAAAGAUGGAAAGAGAAAGAGAACACCAAAGUCGACCCCUGUGGUUGUAAUUAAAGAAACAGCAAAGGGGUCUUCUGAAGAACCUCAAAGAAAGCAAAUUGAUGAACCUGUCAUAGAACCGAGGGAGGUGGUUGAUAAAGGUGUUGGUUUAGAAGAGACUUUGGAAAGCUAUUUUAAAAAGCAUGAAGAGGCUGAACAAGCACAAGCUCAAAAGAAAGUUAGUCAAGAAGAGGAAGCUCAAAAGAACUCCAGUAAUGAAGAUUCAGAAGAAACUUUAUCUGAAUCUGAACUGGUCAAAGAGACAGUGGGAAAAGGAAAGGUACAACUGAAGAAAAGACCUUUAAAGAAAAGAAAGAAUUCUGAAGAUGAAGAUUCACUGUACAAUCCUGAGGAUUCCCAGAAAAACAGAAAGAAAAGAAAAGCUACUCGCACCGGUGAUAUUCCAAGAGUGGUUAGAGCAAAGAAACAGAAUGCUAAAUCACAAAAAGAGAAGGAAGGAAAGAAGAAACAGGACACUGCUGAAACUAGUCCUGUAGUUGAGAUACCAAAAGAAGUUCCUUUAACAGAAAUUCCAAUAGAAACACAAACUUCUUAUGAUGAUUAUGUGGAGAUCACCGGAGUCAAAUCUGCUAAACAAACAUCUGAUCGUCAUGAUAUUCCAGAAUCAUCACAACGAAAGACAGAUUAUUUCAACUUAGAUUUUGAUAGCUUGGGUGGUGCUACUGGAGAUUUCUUUAAAGAUAUGCCAGAGAGUGAGGGAGACCUAUUUCAUGAUAAAAAGAUGAAAGAAUUGGAAGAAAAAGUUAAAGCCUUGGAAAAGGAAAAGGAAGAAAACGAAGCUGUACAAAUAAAGUUGAAGGAAAUGAUUGAUGAGUUGGAGAAACGGCACGAAGACGUAAUGGAUGCAGUGUUUACAAAAGAUGAAAAAUUGAAUGAAAUGAAGGAAGAUAUAAAAGAUAAUGCAGAACUUAUUAGCGCACUUACUGAUGAAAUUGCUGCAUUGAACGCCAAAGUCAAAGACUUGCAGAAUAUCAAUCAGACUUUGAAUCAACUCUUAAAUGAGAUGAAUGAAGCUUCGACAAAUGAAAUGAAGGCAAUGAAGCUAUUGAUGGAAGCUAUGAGAGCAGAUAAGGUGAUGAAAGAUAAGCAACUAGAAAUGAUUACGGCUGUGAUUGAAGCACAUCUGAAGGUGAACAUCCACGCGGCUUUUGAUCAAGUUGACAUUAUCAAGGCAAAUGAAAGAAGGAAAGAAAGAGAAAGACAGCUUGCUGAAGAAGCUAACCUGAAAAAUAAAGGCAUAGCAGAAGAAGUUGAAGUUGUUGGAUCUUCACAAAAUCAACUUGAGGUAGGUGGAUCAUCUUCUCAACCAGAAAUUGAAAUGGUGGAUGCUCAAGAUGUUACAGUAAAUGAUGAAGAAAUGGUGGAAGCAGAAAAUGAAGCAGUUCAUGAACCAGAGUUUAUUAUGGUUGGUGAAUCUGUAGAGCCUAUUAUUCCGGAGAAUGUUUUGAGAGACGUUCAAAUCAUACAAAAAAAGAAAAAGGCUAAAGAAGUAUUACUACUGGAGUACUCUACCGACAAGUUUGUAUUAGUUGGAAAAGCCUAUAGAGUGCCCUAUAGUGAAGAAGAAUCUGCCAAGCUGUUAAGAUUUUUUGAAUUAAAGGAUCAAGGGAAGAUAGCUAGAGGAGAAGUGGAAGAAGAAUCUGAUAGUGAUUUUUGGGAGGAAGAAGAUGAAGAUGAUGAUAAAGAUGAUAAAGCAGACGAUAAAUACGAUGAUGUUGAUAAGCCUGAUGAUGAUGAUGAUGAUCAAGGCACGUCGGGUUUGCUAAUCAAUGAUCCAUCUGUUCAAGAUAAAGUAAAUGAACUCAUGAAUGAUGAAGUGAAUGAACAGAAUGAUGAUGCAGAGUGUGAAGGGUCAUCUUCUGGAAACCAAUCCGGUGAUCAGGUACAUCAACUCACAUCUACUUUUAUUUCUCUUUCUGAAUAUCAUCAAGGAGAAGUAGAUAUUAUCAGAACAAGAGCUGAAAUGCUUGAGGAGUUGGGGUUAGAAGAUGGGAAGUUUAAAUUUGAUAUCGAAGAUGAAAUCCCAGAGUCUCCGAUUAAAAACUUUGAACCACAAUUUCCACUUGAAGCAGAAUUUUAUGAUAAUGUGACCAUAGAGACUGAUUCAGAUUCGGAAGAAGAUAGAAUAGAUUUUCACUAUGAAGGUGAAGACAUGGCAUUUCCUACAUUCACAGAGUUAUUUGAAGACAUGAAUGCAGAAUUAUUGAAAAGAAAAAUUGAAGAAAGAGUUGCAUCUGCUGAUAUGCCUGAACCAGUUCCAAGAGAAAUUUCUGCUGAAGAGAGAAAGAAAUGGUUCAGAUCAAUGCCAAAGGAAAGAAAGCCUCUUAGAGCCCUACAGUAUUUUACUCAUGAUAAAGACUUAUCUUGGGGUGAUAUUCUUUCUUGGGGGUAUCUGGAAGACUUGAAUGUUUAUGCAAUUCGAAGAGAGCAAGGUGUUCAAUACUUCAGGUGCAUUUCUGAUCUUGCUACCUUACCUUGGUGGGACGUAGAUGAAUUGGUGGUUACAAAGAAUAUUAAACAACUCUACUACGGUCCUGAAGUAAAACAGAGAGACCAGAAGCUGUGGAAUUACAUCAAGUAUCAAGCAACGAUCAAUUAUCCAGAUUGGAAACCACAGUUUCCUAAAAGAAUUGUGAAGUAUACAGCUAAAGGUGAGAAGGACGUUACUCUUGAUGUCAAACCGCCAAAAUGUUUGAAGAGCAUGCCUUUAAGGGCUAUUGAGCAGGAUUUCUAUGAUUUAUUUCAAGCAUGGCUCUAUAAUCCUUCUACUGCUGAAGCUGUGAUCUCUUUGUACGAUAAAGACACUGGUGAAGCUAGGAAAAUUUGUAUUCUAGACCCGAUGUGGCUGGUAAAUUGCUCAAAGAAAGACAUAGAUUGCUUGUUUGUCAACAAGAUAAUCUAUGACAAGAAAGACAAAGCCAUUGCUCAGCAGUACCAGAGUGUAGUUGAUGUCUGUUUUGCUAAAGAAAUCAACUCUGGUAAGAACUGGAAAACCUCAUGGAGAGAACUAGAGGUUGAUGAAUUUCUAAAGGUGUACAAGAGAAGUUUAAGAUCCAAGGAAAUUCAGAGAAAAGCUGUUGAAAGAGGAAGACGAAAUCUUGGAUUUGUACCUCCUACUGAUCAGACACCCAUAGAGUCUGAAGAGAACAAGAUCCCUAAGUGGGACAGAAAAAGAGAUGGAGAUCCAGUGUACAGAAAUUGGUGGAUAACAGAGGGAAGACAUAAGAGAAGACAAAUGUUAGCUGAUCGAGAAGAGAAGAGAAAACAAAAGGCACGAGAUAGAAGACGCAACAGGAGAUUAAAAGAUUUUGCUAAAGAUGUUAGCAAAAAUGCUUCACAAGGCCCUGUAAGUGAACCUGAUCUCAAAAGAGCAUUAAGAGAAGAUUACAUGGAGUACAUAAUGAAGAACAAGCCUUACAAAGCAACAAGAGCUCCAUUCACCGGAUGGUCUACAGAAGCCCUUCUAUAUGAAAUUAUGAGGAUUGAAAAGCUAAAGCUCAAUCUUGAGAUCAAAUCUACUUCUCCCAACUGGAAAGCAGGCAAAAAGGCAGUUGGCAAAAAGGCAUUCCAAUUGAAAAGAAUGAAGGAGGAGAUAGUAGCUGCAAAAUUUGGCUCCAUGCAGUCAAUGGCUUGA